GUAUUUUUACCACUCACUGUUUAACCCGGUUUGUUUACAUCCAAAUCGUGCGUCAUCAAUCAGCGCCUGAGAGUAGGCAAUUCAGUCAAGAAUGUUGCGUGUGUAAUCGCUUUUGAUUACACCAUAAUUCCUCGUGUACUUCCUGCUUUUGCUGAGAAAAGACUCUCUGUUCUAGACGAUUGGGAGAAAAGUCGCGUAAUUGGGCUGCUUUUCAGUGCUUUUUCGGGGAAAUUGCGCAUAAACCGCCGUCGCGCUGCCUUGCCACCAGCAGCGCUCGCAGUGGCGGAUGUCGGUAUGAUAGUGAGUCGUCUGUCAAACCAAGUUGACCUCUAGGGUGGCUCUGCUGACCCCGUGAGCGCCCCCAUCCAGACGUUGCUCAUCACACCGCCCCGCAUUGCAGCCGAGAGGCUUCCCAGGUCACGUGCGUGCAGCGGCCGAUCCGUGAGACGCGAGUGUCAUGCUGAAGGAGAAGCGCGAGAAGGGCGCCCCCGCGGGGACGCCGUCCAGCUCGCCCCACGCCACCCCACCCGCCACACCGCCCGUUGAGGGUCCUGUGAAGCGUGAGGACGCGGACCCGGACGCGUCCGUGUCGCCCAAGCGUGAGUCCGCAUCGCCCAGACCGGCCCAGGCCGCGGACAAGAAGGGCGACGCGAAGACGGACGCGGCCGAGAGCGCCGCCGAGGCGGCCAAGGCCGGCCAGAUGCCUAUCAAGACAGAGGGCCAGGCGGACGUCGAGCCCCCGUUCAGCAGCGCCAUUCAGCCGCUGGUGUCGAACAUGAUGGGCAAGCAGAGCGGCGGCCUGGAAUACAUGCAGCAGUCCAGCCAGAUCUUCGUCUUCUCCACGGCGCUGGCCAACCAGGGCGCGGAGUCCGUGAUCAAGGGCCACUUCCCCUCCAUUAUCGCCUACCACUGCGCACAGCCGGGCACCAAGAAGAUCCUUGAGAAACACCCGCUGAAGCUGGGCCAGUUCAAUCGCCACACCCCGUGGAGUCUCAUGGGCUUCGGGCAGAAGCAGAGGAGCAAGGGCGCCAUGAUGGACGCGCCCGAGGACGGCGAGCCGGGCGAGUGGGCGGACGCGAAAGGCGAGGACGACAUGCCCAACGGGCCGAACCUGGUGCAGGGCGUGAAGGUACCUGACGAGAAUCUCACGCCGCAGCAGCGACAGCACCGCGAGGAGCAGCUGGCCAUGCUGCGGCGCAUGCAGAGUGUCCUGUUCCCGGAGCAGAGCGAUAACGACGAGGCGCAGGGUGGUCUGGACGAGGAGAAGAUGCGCGCCAUGGGCUGCUUGCCUGACUUUCUGCCCUGCCCCACACAGCAGCCCGCCAUGGCGGCGCCCGGCGGUGCGUACGCCAAGGGCGGCGCCGAGUGGACGCGCCUGCAGCAUCACUACUGUGAGGAGCGCAAGGCGGGCCGCGUGGCGCCGCAGCGCGCGCAUGGCCCACCGCCGCCCUACCACCAGACGCCCAGAUCCGCGUCGGUGCCCAUCGCCACGCACAGCCCCAGCCCCAACUCACCCCAGAACCUCACCUCGACUCUGUCGCUGCCGUCUCCGCGCGGCGCGGCGCUCGCUUCGCCGUCAGACAACCGGCACGUGCCGAUGCGGCACCUCAGCGCCGGCCAGAGCCCCGUGUCGGCCGGCAGCCCAGCCACGCGGCCACUCGCGCAGAGCAGUCCCGCCACACCGCAGUCGGCGCAUCUCUCGCCCGCCUUCAAGGACGUAGAUCUGCCGCCGCCGGACGACAAGAUGCCGCCGGCGUCACCGGCGCGUACACCGUCGCACGGCGACACGCCGCUGAAGGCGGAGCCGCAGCACGCGCCCAGCCCGGGCGUCACGUGUUCGCCGGCGUCCGUGCCGGCGCACGAGAAGGUCGGCUUCUUUGCUGACAUUUCUCCAGAAGCGGCAGCUCAGGAGCACGUGAACAUGGGAGGCAACUUCGCGCUGCCGGACGACAAUCUGCCCCUGAAUCCGGACACGAGCACCGCUCCGGAGACCACCAAAGUGAUGCCUUUCGAUCCUAUCUCGUCGCUGGCACAGAUGUCGCAGCAGCUCACGAACAGCGCGCCGCCGUUCAACGGCGCGCCGGGGCCCAACGGCAGCAUCAUGGCGGCGCAGAUCAGCACGUGCUCAUACGGGCCGGAAAUGCCGCAGAUGCGCGAGUCGGACGAGAUGCUGGAGUGUGCGCAGAUGCACGGCAUGAUGCCGUCCGACAUGGGGAUGCACAAUCCGCCGUACGGCAAGAUCCUGCCGCCCACGGCCGGCAAGCCGCUCUCGCCCAAGAUGGUGGCCGGCGGCGUGCACGGGCCGGGGGCGUUUGGUGGGCAAAUGGCGAGGAUGGGCACCCCGGCGGGUCGCCUGUGCCCGCCGGCGUCGAUGGCGGACUCGUACAACGGCGCCAGCGUGCAGGUGCGCGCCUCGGCGCCCAACACCAUUCAAUACCUGCCGGCGCGGCCGCAGAUGUGCCCGCAGAUGCCGCGGCCGCCGCCCAGUCUGGACUUCCUGCAGCGCUUCGCCAACCCGAUGCCGCACAAUGGUGGCGAGAUGAUGCAGGACAUCCGGAGUGUCCGGGCGCAGGGCCACAUGAUGAACGGCGUGUUCGGUGGGCAGAUGCACGAGGGCCUCUUCCAGGGGAUGCGCGCCCCCUUCCAGCCGCCCGACAAGAUGAUGGAGCCGCCCACGAGUCAGCCGUACGUUGGCCCGUCCACCACGGACCCGAACUACGCGCAGCAGUUCCACAACUUCCAGCAGCAGCUCUACGCCACGACGCGCAGCACGACGCAAGGCGCGCCCGCGCAGACGUACUUCAUGAACAAGUAGCGCGCCGCUCUCGAGCCGUGACGCCGACGCUCCCCCGAACGUGUCUAGAGGAUAAGAGAAGCUUAUAAGUUAAGUAUGUUUAGGUUGUAAAAGCAUCACAAGUUUCAGUUUAUCCGAUCUUUGCUGGUUUUUUUUCUCGUUCCGCGCAAGCAAUGAAGAGAAAAGUGUAUAAAGUCGUUUGAAGAUGUCAGUUUUGAUGAUUUUCAAUUAUGGUUCAGAAUUGAGUAACAGAGAGAAAGAAAACAUACUAAUUUCUAUGUCUUGAAACGUUAUUUUAAUUUUCUAUCACACCUAACAUAAUGUAUUAAAAAUCUAAUUGAGCAAAGGGAAUUUCUGUUUCACUCGCUUACAUUUUUGUCCCUGACUUCGAAGAAAGAGAGUAAAUAAAAUGACUUUAGAAAUGUA